AUGACAGAUCGGUCUGCUUCUCGAUCAACGGAUCCACUCGUUAGAGGCUCGUCAGCACCACGUUCCAAACUACCACUGAUUAUUCUGGGUGCUCUUGGCGGUAUUUUCCUGAUUACUACGAUUGUAUUCGCAGUUCUGUAUGGAAAUGCAAAAUCGAACAAAUCAACAGACACAACGGAGAAUGAUGUUUGCUUGACAUCAUACUGUAUCAAAGCAGCGGAUUAUUUGAUCGAUAGCAUCGAUCAAUCCGUCGAACCAUGCGAAGACUUUUACCAAUUCUCUUGCGGCAAAUGGCUGAAGAAUACACGAAUACCUGAUGCUUUGGACGCAUACAAUUCUUUUCGAGCGUUGGAUAAAACAUUAGAUGAUAAUAUGAUUGAUCUGUUAUCUACACCAUCGAGCAGUGAAACUAAUGAACUCAAUUGUAUUGUCAAUGCUCGGCGUUUGUAUAGUUCGUGCGUUGAUGAAGCAGCGAUUGAAACCGAGGGAGUCGAACCGAUUCUAUUAUUAAUCAACACGGAACUCGGCGGCUGGCCUAUUUUACAAGGCGCAUCAUGGGAUCAUACUAAAUUCAAUCUUCCAAAUCUAUUAUUGAAACUUCGACAAUACAAUUACAAUUUUAUCUAUAAAAUCAACAGUGAAACUGACGAGAAGAACUCAUCAGCGACAAUUAUUUUAGUGGGUCAAGGUACACUCGGAUUUCCUCAACGGCAAUAUUAUGAAAAUGAAACAGCAAUUACUGCCGCUUAUCGACAAUUUAUACGAGAUCUAGCAACACAAUUAACCAACGAUACAAGUCUGAUCGAUCAAGACGUAGAAGAAAUCUACGCGUUUGAGAAGAAUAUCGCUCAAUACUAUUGGACAAAUGAUGAACAACGGGCAAGAGAUAACGAAACUGUUCGAACAACAGUAUCUAAUCUCGUCUAUACAUUCAACACUAGCUUUGAUUUUACCAAUUAUCUUCAACAAGCGUACUUAGCCAGUGGUGUCGCGUUGACUGAUGGAGAUACAGUUUCCGUCAGUGAGUUAGAUUUUCUAACUAAUGCGACAAGUAUUAUCAAUGAAACAUCCGCACGUACAAUACAAAACUACUUUGUCUGGCGCUUUCUCAUGGAUCAAGCAGGACGUAUGCCUCGUUCAAUUCGAAAUCUUCGCGAACAAUAUGAUCGAGUCUUUCGUGGCACAACUGCGGAACAGGCGAGAACAGUGAAAUGUGCGAUUUAUGUAAAUGAUAUGAUGGGUUUUGUUGUUUCAAAAAUGUAUAUCAAAAAUUAUUUCGAUGAAAAUGCUCGAAACCAAUCAUUAGACAUGAUCGAGUAUAUUCGAAAUUCAUUCAUUGAUAUAGUUGAUGGUUCAACGUGGAUGGAUCGAGCAUCGCGAGACAAAGCAAUCGAAAAAGCCAUGGCAAUUGAUAAACAAAUUGGUUAUCCUGACUAUCUUGCUAGUGACAACAACACAAAACUUGAAAGCGAUUACGAAAAGUAUGUGUUCACUUCAUCAUAUAUAAAGAAUAUUUUCAAAAUUCAACAAAUCAAAACCAACGAAAAUUUUCAAUCGUUACGAAAGCCGGUUGAUAAGAAAGCUUGGGGAUCACUUCCACCAACGAUUAUCAAUGCAUUUUAUGAACCAUCCCAAAAUCAAAUCGUCUUUCCGGCUGGUAUUCUUCAAAUGCCGUUCUUUAAUAAAGACGCUCCGAAAUAUCUAAAUUAUGGUGGUAUUGGCUUGGUCAUUGGACAUGAAAUUACACACGGUUUCGAUGAUACUGGUCGACAAUUUGACAAAGAUGGCAAUCGAGUGCCAUGGUGGCCCGAGGAAACGAUCGAGAAAUUCAAUCAACGUAAACAAUGUAUCAUUGAUCAAUAUAGUAACUACUCAGUGCCAAGUAUUCAUAUGAAUAGCAAUGGUUAUCUGACACAAGGUGAAGAUAUUGCAGACAAUGGUGGAAUUAAAGCUUCAUUUGCCGCAUAUAAACGAUGGGCACAAGCAAAUGCAAAUAUGGAUAAAAAGUUACCAGGUCUAACGAAAUAUUCACCUGAGCAAUUGUUCUUUAUCAAUUUUGCACGUACUUGGUGUAUCAAAAUGACUGAUUCAUAUGCACGUAACCGAAUUCUGACAGAUGUUCACUCCCUUGGCCCAUUCAGAGUCACUGGUCCAACAUCAAAUUUCGACGAGUUCGAUCGAGUGUUUAGUUGCAAACCAGGUCAAGGAAAUAGUCGAGUGAAUAAGUGUGCUGUUUGGUAA